GCGACCUCUUGGUCACAUCGCUCGGAGAGCUCCAGUCUGUCCCCGUCUUUCCUGAGCUGCUGCCCCCUUCGGUUCCUUCCUUUUUCCCUUCCCCUUGUUGUGGAGGCAAGGGCACGAGCGCCUCGUUUGCAUUGCGCGAUUGGCUUGGGGCCACAUCGUUGUGCCGAGUAUUGGCAUAUUCGAAAUGUCGCAGGCUGCCGUAUCACAAUCACCUCGGGCCGAGCCCCUCAAUGACACUUCGCCACAGGACGCUGGCAUCACGGUCUCCGAAGCAGAGCGCAUGGUCAUAGACCCUCCCUCCAGUGAGGGGAGCACCACGCCUCGUGAAUCGGUCAACCUUGCCCCUGCCCCCGAGCCCAUCAACUUGUCCGGCACCACCAACCGUCCCGCAUCGCAGGGCUCAAACGCCCGAACCUUCUCCGCCGGGACUGCCAAGUGCAACCGCUCACGGAUGGGCCGCAUCCACAUUCUUGACAUGGACCGCCUCAUGAUUGGCAAUCUAGCCGAAGCCGAGGAGAAGCCCCUGGGCACAUGCACCCGUUGCCACACCAUCGAGGAGCUUGCCGACAAUUUUCCCGUCUCCGAGGAUGAAGACGCCUACUUGGCCAACAUUGAUGAAUCGGGUAACUUUAUCGAGACCCCCCGUGACUCAACCGAUGGCAUCAGCUCCAGCGCCAACACCAACACCAAACAAAAACAGCAGAUUCACAUUUUGAAUCGCAAACUGUUCAAAGAACGUGAAGCCAUAUUGGCGGAAGCCACGCGACUGGGAGAGUCGCGUGGACCCAACUACAUUCCCCGUCACAUUCUUGUCGUCUUCAACCCCAUCUCAGGUGGUGGCGCUGCCAAGCGCCUCGUCUCGCACAUUGUGUUGCCAGUCCUGGAGCGCACCAGAACCGACUACACCGUCCAAGCCACCGAAUACAAGCGCCAUGCAGUGCAGCUCAUGCGCGACCUCGACCCGGAAAUGUACGACGGUAUUAUUGUCGCCGGUGGUGACGGCCUCGUGCACGAGGUUAUUACCGGCUACUUUACCCACCGCAACCAGAAAGCCAUUCGCAAGGUGCCCAUUGGUAUCGUGCCCUCGGGCACUGCCAACGCCAUGGCCACAGCUCUGCACAAGCGUGAGAGCAAGUCACAGGUGGCCCUGGUCGGCUAUAGCGCCCUCGCUGUCGCCAAGGGCCUAACCACCAACGUGGACGUCAUUAGCUUUGAGCGCCUAGACAUGGACACGGAGGAAGAGCGUAAAGUCUUUGCCCUGUCCUGCUUUGGGUGGGGUAUCGCUGGCGCGGUUGCCCUCAAGGCCGAUAAACUGCGCUGGAUCCCGGGCCAAAAGAAGGCUCGUUAUGAUAUUGCCGGGGCUGUGAGCCUCCUCUCCGACUGGCCCAUUGUUGAUGAGUUUGACUUUAGCUACCCCGUCAGUGAGAACGAGUGGGCUACGGAGCGUUUGCGCACCAUUAACCUCAUUGCCUCCAACAUGCCGUAUCUCGGCUCGGACAACGCCAUCUAUCCGCAUAUUGAGCCGGAUGACGGGAACCUGGCCGUGGUCACCGUCGCAGAUACCUGCUCCCGCAUGGAGGUCAUUCGCAUGUCCAUGGGCAUGAAGAAAGGCAUCUAUCUCGGCGAGCAACGCAAGCACGUCCAGACUUACAUCCUUUCCGAGUUUAAAAUCACACCGGUCAAAGCCAAGGCACCUUUCUUGAUUGACGGUGAUCCUCACGCGUACGGACCUGCGCAUGUCCGUGUCCUCAAGCAAGCUCUACAACUGUUUGUGCUUCCAGCUCAAGGCAUCGAAGAUAACUUGUCCACCAAGGUCGGCAAUGCACCAACGGCUGUGGCCAUGAGUGUCGCAGGUGUUGACCCGCAUCAUCUCGGCCUUCGGGCCCAGAGCAGCCAUAGCGGAAGCCCCACGCCAACCCCCAGUGCUAGUGCCAGCCAAACUGCCAGCCGGCUGAGCAGCGUACAAGCCAGCAACCAAAAUUCGAUGCAGUCCAAGCAGGGCGAAAGCGCUCUCAGUCAGCUCAUGCGCCAAGAAGCUGCCAAGUAGGAUGUCCGAUGAGAGGCGGUGCGCGCCUGUCACGUACAUUUAGUCUAUAACCCCCACGCAACCUUGUGUACCAAUAAUAUCAUGUCUACAAACCAGUUCAGGUCGUGGGUGCUGGAUUGUCAAGCAACAAGAUGUGUGCGUGCGCACGCUUGUUUAUUUUCCCGAGUGCAUGUCCCUCCAGAAUACGACGGGCUCUCGUCCAUUUGAUGCCUUUCCCAGUUCUCGUGUGUUUCGGACGGACCGGUCAAUUGAUAACUCUAC